AUGUUAUUAAAGCUGCACUUUCGCAUCCUGUUUUACCUUUAUAGUAUCCUUAGUGAAGUAUGUGUAUUUCAUGUAGAUGCUGUCAAAGCUUCUAAAAGGGGUGAUGAUUCCAAAAAUCUACAAGUGCAAGCAUCAAAGAACCCCGAACUUUCGGAAAAAGGUAAACAAACGAUCCCAGAUCUUAAUUUCCCGCCGCCACCUGAGGAAGAGCAGCCUGAAGAUUCGAGGUCGACUGAUCCGCAAAGUAAGCGCAGUACAUACGCUUUGAGAAUGGAGAGGUACAAAGCAAAUGGGACCUUGGAAGCUUAUAGAGCUGCUCAAAAGCAUAGACAGAUGGUCUGGUAUAACAAUUUGACAGAAGAAGAAAAGAGAGCAAGGUCACGUAGGGACGCAGAAACUAGAAAAGCAAAAAAUGCUCAGCUUAUUAAGACUCCUUUUGCUACAUUGCUGAUUUCGACUAUCAGUCUAAAACCCGUUCUGAUCGAUUCAAAGAGCGCCUACAGCAAGUUCACUAUAGCAGUAAAAGGACAAAAGAAAGCUCAAAGAGCCACUGUUCAGAAUCAACUGCCUGAGCAGCUAAGCAACCAGUUCAAAAAUGCAAAGAAAGAAAACAUUCCAGAUUUGAACUUUCCUCCACCUCUUGAAGAGACUGUUCUUCAAACUGUCAAAGGCCGCAGAGAACCUAUCAGAAAACUAGGCAAUAACUCAGGAAAGAAAAAAUCCAUGCAUGCUAUAAAGGUGGAGAAACUCAAGGAGGAAGGAAGCUUACAAGAAUUUCUAGAUUCUGAAGCUAGUCGAGUACGGGCUUAUCGCGAAAGCCUAGGCCCUGAAAAAAGAAAGGAACAGUCAAGGAGGAGUCGUAAUCUCUUGGCUGAAAAGUUUAGAAAGGAGCUUCAGCUUCACGCCGAUAUAGAGCACGAAAGAAAGCAAAAGAGCAAGGUUUGCCAGAAGACCCAAAGGAUGCAUUACGACAAUGAAAAGCAGAUUAGACUGUGUGCUUACAUCAUUUGUACGAAUGCAAUACCCAUGACAGGAUUCUGGACAUUAAUCUUCUUUCUACUUUCUGCUUUUUAUGCUUUUACAGAAAUAAGCAAAUGUGCAACCUCGAAAGAAGGCACUAAUCUGGUCUCAAACUCUCCGAGUGAAAGUGGGGAGCAGAUCAAGCCAGAUAUACCAGAUCUCAAUAUACCGCUAGUAGAAGAACCUUCCAUAGACGAAACUACUUCUCACAAUAACCCAGGUUCCAGCACGACAAUAAGCAAAGCUUCUACUAAGAGCAAACACGCCAGCAAGGUUUCAUCCCGAAUACGAAAAGGUACCUUGGCAGAGUUUCGUGAAAAAGAAAGGGAGAGAGUACGCCGCUAUCGAGCUAACCUUUCUGAGGAGGCGAAGAAAGCACAUGGUAAGAAGGUUGUGCAAAGAAGAAUGAAAUUGAUGAAAGAUAAUCCGGCAUUGCGUGAAUCUUAUCGGAAAGCUUCACAAGAGUCUUAUCGUCGCAACAGAGGACGUACAAAGGCUGAAAAAGAAGGUAGAAGUAUUGAACCAGAACAUGCAAAGAGAAAGCAUGGGAGAAAGAUCAAACCUUUACCGCCUAACAACUAG